AUGGAGGCGAAUGCUGCAGACAAACGCCAUCGAACACGAUCCAAAGGAGUUCGAGCUGCUGUCGAGGCCGUGACUCCCGAGUUAUUCAGAUUGGAUCAAGUUUCUCAUUUCAUUGUGACGGUAACAGGACUGGAGACAGUGUGGAUUAUCACUGCUACCUUGAGAGCGAGUAUAAAUCAGGUGCUGUUGGGUGGAGGGUGGGUGGAGCUCUGCGGCGGGGGGUCAGAGGUCGUGGGCGUGGAGUCCCUCAAGCCAAGCGGCGUGCGUUGGCUGGCGGUCUGCGUGUCUCCAGGUCAGAGCGGCCUGGACGCUGCAGGAGCCUGUCCCACCCCGGGCUGUGAUGGCAGCGGACACGUCAGCGGGAAGUACGCCCGACACCGCAGUGUCUACGGCUGCCCGCUGGCCAAGAAGAGGAAGGCUCUGGAAAAACAGCCGCUGGAGCCGGCUGCCAAGAGGAGGCCCUUCCUCACCUCCUGCCCCGGAGAGGAGGAGGAGGAGGAUGAGGAGGAGGAGGAGGAGGCCAGCGAUGAGGAGGAGGAAGAGGAUGGGGAGAGAGAGGGAGAUGAGGAGGAGGUGGAGGAUGAGUUCUCAGAGGACAACGAGGAGCAGGGCGAUGAUGAGGAGGAGGAGGAAGAUGAGGAGCUAGAGGUGGAGAGAGCGGUUAAGACAGUGGGGGGAGAGCGGGCAGAGGAGGAGGAGGAAGAGGAGGAGGAGGAAGGGAUGGACGACGAGGAGGAGGAAGUGGAUGAUGGCGAUGAUGAGGAGGACGAGGAAGAUGAGGAAGAGGAGGAGGAAGAGGAGCAUAAUCAUCAGCAGGGUGAGUCAUACAAAAGAAUAAGAGAGGAAAGCCAGAAGGACGACAACAACAACAGCUGCCCCCCCCCCGGCGCCGGGCACGGCACCGGAGAAGAUUACGAGAACUACGACGAGUUGGUGGCGAAGUCGCUGCUCAACCUGGGCAAGAUCGCCGAGGACGCCGCCUACCAGGCCAUGACCGAGUCCGAGAUGAACAGCAACUCCUCCAACAGCGCCGGGGAGGAGGACGAGGACGAGGACGAGGACGGCAGCGAGCGCGGCGGCGGCGGCGGCAGGAAGGGCGAGCUGAGCGUGGACCUGGACAGCGACGUGGUCCGGGAGACCGUGGACUCCCUGAAGCUCCUGGCGCAGGGUCACGGCGCCCUGCUGCCCGAGGACGGCUACCCAGAGGGCAUCAUGGUGGACAGCUGCGGCCACGCUAACGGGCGCUCCGGCCACGGGGUCAGAGGUCACGCGGACGAGAGCGAGGAGGAGGUGUGUCUCAGCAGCCUGGAGUGUCUGAGGAACCAGUGCUUCGAUCUGGCUCGGAAGCUGAGUGAGGCGGAGCCGGCCGACCGCCCGGCGAUCCACGCGCUGCACCAGCAGCUGCAGCAGCAGAGCGACUCGCACAUGCAUCAUCAGAACAGGUACGAGAGCUGCCAGCAGGGGGCGCUGGACGAGCCGCGGUCCCUGGAGCGCAGCUACUCGGACAUGGUGAACCUGAUGAAGCUGGAGGAGCAGCUGAGCCCGGCGUCCCGCGGCUACCCCACCAGCUGCAGCCAGGAGGGCGACGAGGACACCACGUCCGUGGCCUCCGACCGCUCCGACGAGACCUUCGACAUGGCCAAGGGCAACCUGUCGCUGCUGGAGAAGGCCAUCGCCAUGGAGUCGGAGAGGGCAAAGGUCAUGAGGGACCGGAUGGCCUCGGAGCACGCGCUGCCCCGGCGUGAUCACCACCACCACCACCACCACCAUCACCACGGCCACGGAGAGCACAGCUCCAGGCUGAGCAGCGGUGGAGAGGAGCGCAAGUCCAGGAUGCAUCACGACGGCCUGAAGAGGGCGUACUACCCUAAAGACUCUUCCAGGGGCGAGAAGAAGGAGAGCAAGUGUCCGACGCCGGGCUGCGACGGCACAGGUCACGUGACCGGUCUGUACCCGCACCACCGCAGCCUGUCCGGAUGUCCCCACAAAGACCGAGUCCCUCCUGAGAUCCUUGCGAUGUAUGAAAAUGUUUUAAAGUGCCCCACCCCUGGCUGCUCCGGACGGGGCCAUGUCAAUAGCAACAGGAACUCGCACCGCAGUCUGUCCGGCUGUCCCCUCGCUGCGGCAGACAAGAUAGCAAAGGUUCACGAGAAGAGCAGCACGCCUGAACUCGGCCCGAAGACCAAUCAGACGUCGGACCGUGUCCUCAGGCCGAUGUGCUUCGUCAAGCAGCUGGAGAUUCCUCAGUUCGGCUUCAAGAACAACGUGCCGACCAGCACGCCGCGCUCCAACCUGGCCAAGGAGCUGGAGAAAUACUCCAAGACCAGCUACGACUACGGCGGCUACGACAGCCAGCACGGCGCCUACGGGAAGAGAGGCCCGGCGCCCAAGUCCCUCCACGGGCGAGACACCUCCCCCAAGGGAUACGACGAUAUGAAACGCUACUGCAAGACGUCGAGUCCGGCGAGCAGCACGACCAGCAGCUACGCCCCGAGCAGCAGCAGCAGCCUGAGCUGCGGCGGAGGAGGAGGAGGAGGAGGUGCUGGGGGGGGCGGAGGAGGAAGCAGCGCCAGCAGCACCUGCAGCAAGAGCAGCUUCGACUACACCCACGACAUGGAGGCGGCCCACAUGGCGGCCACGGCAAUCCUCAACCUGUCCACCAGGUGUCGCGAGCUGCCGCACGUGCUGGGAGGGAAACAACAGGACCUGCUGACUCAGAGUCCGGUGGACGACAUGGAGGACGGCGGAGCGGUGGACGUGGGGGGGCAGCCCGGCGGUCCCGAGGGCAGCGGCACGGUGCUGACCCCCCUGGAGCCCAUGUCCCCCCAGCGCCAGGCGCUGCUCAGCAGCCGCUGCUACCAGCUGAGUGAGGCCGACUGCUGGGACCUGCCGGUGGACUACACCAAGAUCAAACCUCGCUUUAUUCUCCAGGAUAAAAAAGAUGAUUAAAGCGGCGACGAGCUGGACCCGUUCCAGGAGCUGCUGGACGAGCAGCGCUACCCGGCCGAGGUCACCAUGCCCAGCCCCAAGCACCACAAGUACCCGGCCUGCAAGGAGGGCAAGAAGGAGCUCAUCACGUUGUCGAGCUGUCAGCUGGCCGACAAGAACAUCCGCGGGAUGAUGACGCCGAACUCACAGGAGCUGAGGUGUCCCACCCCCGGUUGUGAUGGAUCUGGACACAUCACUGGAAACUACGCCUCCCACAGGAGUCUGUCCGGUUGUCCACGAGCCAAGAAGAGCGGAAUCAAAAUCGUCCACAGCAAAGAGGACAAGGACGACCAGGAGCCGAUCAAGUGUCCGGUCCCGGGCUGCGACGGGCAGGGUCACGUGACGGGGAAGUACGCCUCUCACCGCAGUGCGUCAGGCUGCCCCCUGGCGGCCAAGAGGCAGAAGGACAGCUACGUCAACGGCUCGCAGUUUGUCUGGAAAUCGGGGAAGACGGACGGGAUGAGCUGCCCGACGCCCGGCUGCGACGGCUCGGGACACGUCAGCGGGAGCUUCCUGACACAUCGGAGUCUCUCCGGUUGUCCCCGGGCCACCUCGGCCAUGAAGAAGGCCCGGAUGAGCGGCGUGGAGAUGCUGACAAUCAAACAGAGAGCAAGCAAAGGUAUCGAAAACGAUGAAGAAAUCAAACAGCUGGAUGAAGAAAUCAAAGAUCUGAGCGAGUCCAACAAUCAAGUGGAGUCAGACAUGAUCGAUCUGAGGACACAAAUCACCACCAUGGAGACCAACCUGAAGUCCAUGGAGGAGGAGAACAAGGUGAUCGAGCAGCAGAACGACUCGCUGCUGCACGAGCUCGCCAACCUCAGCCAGUCGCUCAUCAACAGCUUAGCCAACAUCCAGCUGCCGCAGAUGAGACCGCCGCCACAGAAAGAGGCGCCAGUAAAGCAUAGCUGCUGUUUACAGAUGCCUCCCAGAGAGCCGAUGAGUGAACAGAACUUUGACACUUAUGUGAGUACGCUGACAGAUAUGUACACCCACCAGGACCAGUUCCAGAGCCCGGAGAACAAGGCGCUGCUGGAGAACAUUAAACAGGCGGUUCAGGGCAUCCAGGUCUAA